GAGCUUUCAGUUGAUUUCCGGCAGUCGAACGUUCAACUUUUCAAUUCUAAACAUAAUUCGCUAGACAAGCAGGUAUUCUGUUUUGCAGUAGUGAAAAGCAGCUCGAAACAGAUUAAUCGAAAUUUUUUUAAUAUUUCCAUACGAAGUUGUGGUUGGUUAACUAGUGAAUGCGAAUUUGAAUAAUAAAACUAAAAAUAUUAUUUAUGCACUUACCGGCAUUUUUUGGGGGGAAUCUGAAAAUUAAAGUAAACGAAAAGAAAUUUUAAAUUAAUAAAUAAAAUUAAUUAAGGCUUAAUUUAAAUAUAAAUUCAUUAAUAAUCGAAAAGUGAUCAAGCUAAUAUCAUUGAAGAAAUGCAUCAACCACUACGCAUGAGCAUCUAUGCUGCAACUUUGCUGUUAAUAUUUCAAUUAACAGUGGCUCAAGUACCAUUUCCACGCGGCUGUCCAGAGGUGAAGGUGCCCACGGACUUCAAUGCUGAUGCUUAUAUGGGCACCUGGUAUGAGUACGCCAAAUAUCCGCAUAUCUUUGAGAUAGCUAAGCGUUGUAUGUCUGCGCGUUACACCAACAAGGGCAAUAAUACCAUUGGCGUAUUGAAUACCUCUAUAAAUACGAUCACUGGACAUAUCACAAACACAACAGGCGUUGCACGUAUGCUUGCCCCAUCACAGAUAAAUGUGCUCUUCAGCAAAUUUCCCAAUGCCGUGGACAUACCCAACUACAUUGUGCUUGGCACUGAUUACAAGACGUACACUGUAGUGUACAGUUGCACUAACCUCACUUCAUUCGCACACACAAAAUUGCUCUGGAUAAUGACUCGCGAACGUAAACCCUCUGCUGAAACUGUGGCUGCAGCUAGGAAAGUCAUGGAUGACAAUAACUUGCCACAGUCAUUCCUGUUGAUCGCGGAUCAAGAGAACUGUCCGGAAGUGGUGUCUCCCUUUGGCAUCAAUAUAAACUUCGGUGAUAGCAGCAGCUUCAACAACAAUGCUAAUAAAAUUGAUAAAACAACCAACAAAGCGGAAGCAGGCACCGACACAGCCGACGAUGUCAUUUACGUCGCAAAAGCCCCCACAAGCACCGCCAAUCCCACACCAGCGGAGUCUGAUAUAUUGGAAGCAACCGCGGAGACGGCGGCAAAUGUGAUUGAAGUGGCCUGAGAGUUGUUUAGGCGCAUUUGGCAGCGCAUCAUCGACAUAUUGUCGUGGUUCUUUGCAUGGGCUUAAACAAUUUUUGGUUUUUUAUUAUUGUAUGUACUUUAAUCAGGCAUAACUGUGUUUUAUUGACGCCUUUUCGUGUCUGCUAUUUUACCAAAAUCACUGUUUUAUGCGAGUAUUAUGUAGAUUUUAGUUGGUCACGUUAAGUACCUGUAUGAAUAUUGUGUUUUAAUUAAAUAAAUAAUUAAAAGUAA